CUCUCUAAACACAACACACCGAACCAAACCCUUUUUUUCUCACUUUUUUUUUUCGCUCUUUCGCAUUGCUUCUCUCUCUCUCUGCAUUGUGGUUCAUCUCUUCCAUUCCAUUCGCUCUGUUUCGGUGCGGUGACCCUUUUGGUCUUUUUAACUCUCCCAUCGAAUCAGACGGUUCAUUACAUUCCACGUCACCUUCGUCUUCUUCAUUACCACUCACCACACCCGCACCUUCCUUUACGUUCUCACCUCUCUCUUUUCUAUCACUAUAUAACCGCCUAGGGUUUUCUCAGAUUCGCCUCUUUCUCCUUUUUCAUCGCACUGUGCAACAACAAUCGUUCAUUCUCUCUUUCUCGCGCCUUCGCUGCUCUCCUAGGCGUCGGGUUUCGAUCCUCGCUUCUCUCUCGAUUGAGGGUUUUAACUAUUGAUUGAGAUUUGCUGGCGGGUUUUUAAUUUCUUUUUCUACGGAAUUGUGCUGCUGGAUACGUAUUCCUUUUGGCGGCAGUUUGGUGUUAUGUUUCAUGGCAAUUGAGAAGAAUAGCUUUAAAGUGUCUAGGCUUGAUUCGGAGUAUUCGCCACGGAGCAGGGAUACUAUGUCUACCGAUGAAGAUGAGCUUCCACGGCGUAGCUCAGCCCUGGAAUCCGACGAGGAUGAUGAGUUCGAUGAUGCAGAUUCUGGGGCAGGGUCUGAUGAUUUUGAUUUGCUGGAAUUAGGUGAAACCGGGGCGGAGUUUUGUCAGAUUGGUAAUCAAACCUGCAUCAUUCCGUUGGAACUGUAUGAUCUUGCUGGACUUGAAGAUAUACUGUCAGUGGAUGUGUGGAAUGAGGCCUUGACUGAGGAGGAGAGGUUUGAGCUCGCCAAGUAUCUGCCUGACAUGGACCAAGAGACUUUUGUUCAAACCCUGACAGAGCUUUUCACUGGUUCUAACCUCCAUUUUGGGAGUCCUAUUAAGAGGUUGUUUGACAUGCUGAAGGGGGGCUUGUGUGAGCCAAGGGUUGCCCUGUACCGGGAGGGCUUAAAUUUUUUUCAGAAGCGACAACAUUAUCAUGGGCUGAGGAAGCAUCAGAAUGACAUGGUCAACAAUCUUUGUCAGAUAAGAGACGCUUGGCUUAAUUGUAGGGGUUACAGUAUUGAAGAAAAGCUCCGUGUUUUGAACAUUAUGAAAAGUCAAAAGAGUUUGAUGUAUGAGAAGGAAGAUUUGGAGGUUGAUUCUUCAGAUAAAGAAUCUGGUGAAGGUUUAUGGAGUAGGAAGAACAAGGAUAAGAAAGUUGCUAAAAAAAUUGGCCGUUAUCCUUUCCACGGGGUAGGGUCUGAAUUUGAUUUCCACUCACGAGGACAAUUGGGGUUCAGGGAGCAGGAAAAGUCUGAAAAGCAAAGCCCGAAAGGUAUACUUAAGUUGGCUGGUUCAAAGACACCUUCAGCAAGAGACCCAACAGGGUCAAUAUUCAGGAUGAGGGAUCAGCUUAGGAAUGGCGACAAUGAUGAGGAAAUGUCAUAUGGGCUUAUUGCCCGAGAUCGUAAUGUAUUACGUAGCAACAUGAUGGACAAUUCUGGUGUUCCAAGAGCAGGAAAGAAGCAUGACCUACGAAGAGGUGAUGAAAGGGAUGCUGAUAAUUUGUUGGGUAUAUCUCCGUCCUCAAAGGCUGAUCUACAUGGAUAUGCUAGAAAUUCAAACCAAUCUUCAGAUAUGAAGUUCACAGCAAAGUCGUCUUCCAAGCGGGGUUCCUUUGAUUUUUCUAGAAAGGCUAAAUAUCCUGAAAAUGUUCAACAAUUUGUAAAUAGUGAUCAGAUGAGGUCUAGAACGAGGGGUUCACAAUUACCAGUAAAAGGUAAUCCGCUUGAUCCAUCAGAUUAUGAUGAAUUUUACUACAAUAACAAUACACCUGGAGACAAUUUUGGUAUGGAUUCAUCGUUUAAAUAUGAUGACUGGAAUCUGCGCGCAAAGAAGUGGAAGACAGGAAGAGAGUCUCCUGACCUUACUUACACAGCCUAUAGAUCUUCCACACCACAGGUGAGUGAAAGACUUCAAUCCUCUGGUUUCAGAGCAAAAUCAUUGCAAGAGAAGUUCAGGGUAAAUUUUAUACAGAAUGGAGGAAAAAGUACAGAGGCUCGGAGGGGUGAUCAUAUGUUUCUAAGAGGUGAAGAAACUGAGUCGGACUCAUCAGAACAGUUGAAUGAUGACGAGGAUGACAAUCCUCUAUUGCAUAGAAAAUUUGCUUAUCAAAUGGGCGCUGCUGAUGGUUCUCACAUGAAAUCAUUGAAGUCUCACCUAGAUCCUAAAAAGGCAAAAUUUGUUGGGACAGAUAUGAAUGCACAUGCAACUAUUCAAUCCAAAAAGAAAGGUGGAUUUGCAGGGCAUAUUGAAAAUUACCUUACAAAAGCAAAGCAGAAGGGCAAAGUACAAAAUGGAGGUCCAUUGCAUAACCCGCCUGGAAGAAUUAGGGAAGAGAGCUAUCCCACACGAUCAGAUAUGCUUAAUGAUGGUGAUGAUGAUUGGAGACAGGCAUACAAGAUAGGCAGGAAUGGUCGAAUGCGAGGGGAGCCUGCUGAAAGGCUAGACAUGCUGUUAUCAAAUGCAUAUACUGCUGAGCGAAAGAAGAAGGGGAGAACCAUCUCCACCGUUGAUCAUUCCAUUUCGAGGUCUAAAUAUUUGCAUGAUUCUGUUGGUGAUGAUGAUGUCUCGCUUGAGAAACAGUUUCUGGUGGAUGAUAAUGGAGUUGGGAAGAGUAGGUUUGGGAGAGAUGCACAUAAGGGUGAUCAAAGUGAAAGAACCGAUGCACCACUACUUGGAUGCAACUCAUCAAAGAAGAAGCGAAAAGUGAAGGCUGAUGUCACAGAUCUUAUUGGAAGAGAUGAAGAUGCUAAUCUUCUGUCUGGCACUCUUCUCCAAACUGGUGAUUCCAUUCCCUUGAAGAAAAAGUCAAAGAAGAAAAAAGAGGCUGAGGUGGUAACUUUGAUACCAGAUGUUGAAAAUGCUGAGCGUGUUAUUGAUAUGGGGACAGCAGAUGUGGAACUUGAAACUAAGCCUCAGAAAAAGCCGUUUACUUUGAUCAUGCCUACUGUUCAUACAGGGUUUUCAUUUUCUAUUAUACAUCUUCUAUCAGCAGUCCGGAUGGCAAUGAUUAGUCCACCUGCUGAAGACAGCUUGGACGUGCAGAAACCUGGAGAAGAGCAGAGCAAAUCGCAGGAAGGUGUUGUCAAUGGUGCUCUUUCUGAUGAUAAGGCAAUUGCCCGUGCUGAGCCUUCUGAUCAACUGAAUAUGCCAUCUCUUACUGUUCUGGAGAUUGUAAAUCGUGUGAGGUCAAACCCUGGUGAUCCUUCUAUCCUUGAGACACAAGAGCCACUGCAGGAUUUGGUUAGAGGUGUUCUGAAAAUAUUUUCUUCCAAAACAGCACCCUUAGGAGCAAAGGGUUGGAAGGUAUUAGCAGCUUAUGAGAAGUGUACUAGAAGUUGGACAUGGACUGGCCCAGUUUCUCAUAAUUCAUCUGGCCAUGAUACCAUUGAGGAGGUUACAUCUCCUGAGGCUUGGGGUCUUCCUCAUAAGAUGCUCGUCAAGUUGGUUGAUUCUUUUGCCAAUUGGUUGAAAUGUGGUCAAGAAACUCUUCAACAAAUAGGAAGUCUUCCUGAACCACCUUUGGCAUUGAUGCAGGUCAACCUUGAUGAGAAAGAGAGGUUUAGAGACCUUAGGGCCCAAAAGAGUCUUAACACCAUUAACCCAAGUUCAGAGGAAGUGAGGGCUUAUUUCCGGAAGGAGGAAGUCCUAAGAUACUCAAUUCCUGAUAGAGCAUUCUCUUAUACUGCAGCUGAUGGGAAAAAAUCUAUUGUGGCACCUUUGAGAAGGUGUGGUGGUAAGCCAACAUCCAAAGCCCGAGAUCAUUUUAUGUUGAAACGCGAUCGCCCUCCACAUGUUACAAUUCUCUGUCUUGUCAGAGAUGCAGCUUCUAGGUUGCCGGGAAGUAUUGGCACUAGAGCUGAUGUCUGUACAUUAAUUCGAGAUUCCCAAUAUAUUGUUGAAGAUGUUUCUGAUGCACAAAUUAACCAAGUAGUUAGUGGGGCUUUGGAUAGAUUGCAUUAUGAACGUGAUCCUUGUGUACAAUUUGAUGGGGAAAGAAAAUUGUGGGUUUAUUUACACAGAGAAAGAGAAGAAGAAGAUUUUGAGGAUGAUGGCACAUCGUCCACAAAGAAGUGGAAGAGGCAGAAAAAAGAUGCUGCAGACCAAUCUGAUCAAGGAGCUGUUACUGUUGCUUACCAUGGGGGUGGGGAGCAAAGUGGAUAUGAUUUGGGCAACGAUCUCAAUGUGGAUCCACCAGCAUGCAUUGACGAUGAUAAGGGAGUGGAACUCAUACCUAAUGUGGAUACACAAUUGAAUGCGGAAGACCAUGUUGAUGUCAAUCAUGCUUUAGAGGAAGGCAAUACUUGUGAGGGUAACUCAAUGGCUUGGGAGGAUGCCCUUGAUUUAAAUCCUCCUCGUGAGGUAUGCCAAGAAAACUCAACUAAUGAAGAUUAUGACGAUGAAGCCUUCGUAAGAGAUAGGCCUGUUGAUAUACCAAGUGCAAGCAUAUUAUGAAGAAUCCUUCAGGCUUUAGUACAUCGGCAUUCAAGGGUUCAGACAUCCUGUUGUAUCUGCGCUUGUACAUAAUAAUGCAGUGCUGGCGCAGUUCCUUUGUACAUUGAUUUGAUCGGGGAGAUUGGAAUAGAAUGUGAUCUUGUUGAAGAUCAUUACAUUUGGUUAGGGUUAGCUGGAUGUCUUUAUGGGUUUAUAUCCCUCAAUAAUUCCUCUUGGGUCUUUACUCAAUAUCUAAUGAUCUAAAUUCUCAAGUUAGCUUCUUGUUUGGUCCAAUCAGGAGCGACACUUAUCGCUUCACAAAAUUUCUUAUUUUAUCUUGUAUAUAUGGUUCAAUUAUGUCAUGAUGUCAAGUACAUCAAAUAGGUUUUUUGCAGCCGAAUAAGCGAGACAAUAUUAAUCAUCUCCGAAUCAAAUAGUGAAUUGAUGAAAGACAGAAUAGCUUGACACUCAUUGUUAUCCACCAUAAUGACAUUUUUCUGUUAA